AUGUCUGCUGCUCCGACUAUUCGUGGCCAAUCCAACAUGCUUCUUAAACGUCUUCUCCGGAGGUGUAAUACCCACUAUUCCAAAGUUGUUAAGGGGCCUACCACGAGAUCUGAAACUCCUGUUAAAGGUGAGGCAGUAUUGCAGUCUGAAUCUAGGAUUGAUUCCCAUGUACAACCCGAGUCUGACGAUCGCGCUGUGAUAUCAUUGUCUCCCGCUAUGAUCGGUCUAAAGCUGGUAACUGCUACUGAGGCUUUAUCUAGUCCUUCGCCAAGCCUUACGCCACCUCCUUCUUCAAGUAGUGCUCUGACCAUAGAUGAUGUGGUGACGAACCCUAUGCCGAUCCCUAAGGCCUCCGGUACCAAGGUUCGGUCGGUGAUGUCCUUGCUAAGGAAGGGUGCUAGCCAACAAGCCUUUCAUGAAAAAUUGUUCGCUUCCAGUCUUGCAACCUCGACUUCCAUAACUACAACCCAUGUAAUCGAGGUGAAUCCUGCUUCCACAGUUUCUACCAUUCUUGCCACUGAUCUUAUCGACAUGAAUGAUUUGAUAACGUCUUCCGAGGGAGUAACUUCAGAUAUGAUAGCUGAAGGUGACCUGGUGACCGAAGUCAUAUUUUCCUCUGCCAAAGAAGAAAGCUCCCCAUCUUCCCUGAUGUCUUUAGCUUCCUCCAUCCCAUCCUUUUUGCAUCAUUUCACUACCACCUCCUUUGUCAAUAAGGCUUCUCUUAGAAAGAUUACCGAUGAGGAGGGGAUAGACAAGGCUCAGACUCACAUCCUUGAGGGCCUUCAUUGGAUGAAUGAAGUAUCUUUGUGCAACAAUGCUCGUAUGGUAGCUACGGCUGCCAGAGACAUGGAAUUUGACAAGUUGUCCGAUUGCAUGGACAAGCUUCGAUCAAGUUAUCAGGAAGAGCUUCACCUUUUGAAUCACGACCUACAACUGAAACUUGAUGAAACGAGCGCUCGUGAUGCCUCGUUAGCCAAGGAUCUAGAAGAGGUGACUCAGCAACUUGCCGGUUUGAAGACUAUUUUCUCAGAGAAAGUAUCUACUAUGUACAUUGCUUGUUCGGAAAAGGAUGUUAGUGCAAGACAAUUGGAAGAUGAGGUGAGCAUUCUGCAAUUGUCUUUGAGGGAAAAAUGA